AUGCGUCGACUCCCCCGCCGAGCGCGGCUGCUCCUCGGCGUGGCGCUGCUGGCGGCGCUGCCGGCCGCGGCGCGAGGGCUCCCCCCUGAGGUGGACAUUCGCCCCCACAGGGCCCGAGCCGGCCAGACUGGUAUCGGGGCCUCAGCCUCCCCAGAUCCCAGCUCUACCAGGGAAGAGGAGGAGCCACCGCUGCUCCCCAAAACCCUCCUGCAGGCAGGGCCACGCGGACACAGGCACCGGACUCUCACUCAGCUGGCAGCCCUGAGUCUAGGCAGGGCCACCUCUCGGAAGAAUACUCCUUUACUGCUGGAGCUUCAGAAGCUGCUGGGAUUGGCCAGUGCAGACUUCAGUGCCCCGAACCCCAAUAUCCAAGCCCUACCAAGCCACACCUUUGCACCAGCUGGGGCCUGGGCCUUCUCUCCCCAAGCACUGGCCCUUGGUCGGCCCCCACCCCACCAUAGGGCUGGCCAGCUCCCUGACCGGCUCCCCUCCUGCACUUCCCUGCCCUCUGCAGAUGUGGACAGCUGUGAGAAGUGGCUGAACUGCAAAAGUGACUUCUUAGCCAAGUACCUGAGCCAGGUGCUGCGGGACCUGCCCAGCUGCCCUUGUGCGUACCUGCUGGAGGCCGUGUAUAGUGCUGUGAGCCUGCAGGAUGAGCGCCAGGGCCUCAGCUUCCAGUGGAGGGAUGCCAGUGGCCCUCAGGAGCACCUGGACAUUUACCAGCCCACAGCACGCUUCUGCCUGCGCUCUCUGCUGUCGGUGGAGAGCAGCACGCUGGCCGCCCAGCACUGCUGCUAUGACGAGGGCAGCCGACUACUGACCCGCGGCAAGGGCGCCGGAGCGCCCGACCUUGUCAGCACUGACUUCUCACCUGAGCUGCACUUCAAGGUGGACACGCUGCCGUGGAUCCUGUGUAAGGGGGACUGGAGCCGCUACCACGCCGUACGGCCCCCCAACAACGGCCGGGCCUGCACUGACAACCCCCCGGAGGAGGAGUACUUGGCCCAGUUGCAGGAGGUCAAGGAGUACUGA